AAAACACGAAUAUCUUAUCUUUAGGAAGGUUUUUAAUGAAAUAUCUAGGAGAGAAACAUAAGAGAACGUCGCGAAUGACUACAAGACAGACGCGAACGUCUUAUUGUUUGUGAGAACAAUCCUGUAAGACUCGUUAAAGGUGUGACUCAACCUCUGCUUGAUUUCAAUAGGCAGAUUUCAAUGCGUUGUUAACCUAUUGUCGGCCAUUCACUCAGCUCCUAUCCAUAAAUGCCUUCGUCAAAUCCGGCGACAACGCAAAACAGCUUCCCCUGGUUUUUGUUGUUAUGUCGGGAAAGAAGAAGAAGGAUUACAAAAAGGUUUUACAAGAAAUUAUCGGCCUUUUGCCACAGGAGCCAUCUGUACGAAAAGUUACACUAGAUUUUGAAAAAGCAGUAUGGGCAGCCCUGAAGAUUGUUUUACCAGAAGUAGAGCUUCAAGGAUGUGCGUUCCACUGGACGCAGGCUAUAUGGAGAAAGAUACAAGAACUUGGUCUUCAGCCCGCAUACCAGCAAAACGAACUUAUCUACAAGUACUUGAAAAAGAUCAUGGCCCUUCCUUUCCUGCCCCAUAACGAGAUUCCUCGCCAGUUUUAUAGACUGCAGACGCAAGCUAACGGAAGAACCCUACAAGAACUAUGCCAGUAUGUGGACGAUCAGUGGAUAUCUUCGACCAUCCACGAACCCAAAGAGUGGAGUGUUUUUGGUCAGCCUAUUAGGACCAAUAAUGACCUUGAAGGAUGGCAUCAUGCUUUGAACCGGCGGGCCGGGAGAAGUCACCUUCCCUUUUAUGAGUUARUUGAGCUACUCCAUAACGAAGCUAGGGUAUGUGAACUCAGCRUCAAGUUGAUCAGCAGUGGCAAGCUCAAGCGAAUUCAAAAGAGAAAGUAUCGAAAUCUACAAAGGAAAAUAUUUGACUUAUGGGAGAAAUUUGAAAGUAAUGAAAAAUCAGCGGUCCAACUGUUGAAAGCCUGCUCUGCCCUGAAUGGCCCCUCUAGAAGUCAAUAAACCCAUAUAGAUAUUAUAUCUAUAUAAGGAAUAUUUUAGAAAUAAACUUAAUACAUUUGAUAAAUG